AUGGACACCACGGGGGACCCCGAGGGGACAGAGGGACACCCGUGGGGACACCCAGACACCAUCACCCACGACCCUGUGUGGCCCUGGCACCUGUGCACCCAUAACACUGGUGACUCCAGUAGCACCAGCAACCCCAGCAACAACUCCAGUAACCCCAGUAACAGCAACAGCCCCAGCAGUAGCAUCACCAGUGACUCCCGUAGCUCCAGAGGCACCAAAACACCAGUCACCUCCAGUAACACCAGUAACCGCAGCAACAACAACAACAACAACAUCAACACCGACUGCUCCAGGAACUCCAUUAACCCCAGUAACACCAGCAACAACACCACAACACCAGCAAUGCCAGCAACUCCAGACACCUCCAGUAACACCAGUAACACCAGUCACUCCAUUAGCACCACCAGCAGCUCCCAGCAACUCCAGUCAUUCCAUAACACCAGCAGCUCCAGCAACCCCAAUAACCACAACUCCAGCAGCCGCACCACCAGUGACUCCAGUAACUCCAGCGACACCACCAGUAACACCA